UUCGAGUUCGAUCGAUCGGAAACGGUGGAGGUAAACGUUUGCUUUCGUUACGGCAAUUACCAUGGGACCAUCCGUUCCGUCGAAAGGAUACGGGUCGUUAUCGCGCCGGCCGACUAUCGGCGUUAAUUAACGAUAACGAGAAUGGCGGCGAAGAGCGGGCGGCAUGGCAGCGCGAAACCCGUCGGCUUUUGCCAACCCCUUCGAACCCGAUCGUUCGACCACCACUUCCGGUAACGAUCGACGUUCGCGCGUUUGUAGGUAAAUUCGAAAGCCGCGGUUAGUAAAACAGCGCGAGAUAAUAGUUCGCUUCGAAAUAGUCAUUGUUCGAGCAACGAACGAUAAUAGUAGCAUUGCGAACGUUUAUCGCGAUACAUCGCGAAGCAUGCCGGCACCGCCAUUAUUCCCCCGACCAGCCGCUUUAUCCGAACGUCCAUUUCCCGUAGAAACCGCGACAAGACACUUACUUAGGUACACCGGUUACGCGUUAAAACAGAGUGCUUUUCAUUAUUAAAUUAUCCAACAGUUGCCGUUUUCGACUUACAAACACCGCGUAUCGUUCCUUCGAAUAAGAUCUUAUCACUGACGAAACGAGCAGAGUGUAAAGAGUUAGGCGAGGAACGAGAGAACGCGGUCGCGGUCGAGUUGCGGGAAAAAAACAAGCGUGCCGGAACGACGCGUCGAAAAUUCACGCGAGUGAAGAACGCUUAAAAGCGGAGUAAAACGAUCGAAGGCGACCCGUUUCAACGAUAACGUAUCGCGGAACGAUAGGAAUAGCUUCCGGUCUUCUGCGACCGGGUACACUCGCAUUGUUUUCCUCCUUUCCGCUACGCGUUUCGAAGGCGCAAACUUUAAAAAUGUAAAAGCAGCUGUAGAGUGGUUUCCCAGCGUCGGAAUCGAGGGUGUAGGUUUCUGGAUACCGAUUCUGGCGCCGACGGCACUAGCGGCACCCGUCUUUCACGAGGACACUCGUCCGGUUCUUAGGCCUAAUUGGUUGUCGCCCCGGCGCCUCGUCUUGUCCUCGGAGAAAGCAGCAGACCUCUUUCGGUUUCCACGCUGUUCCGUGUUUUUUUCCUGCCACCCUUUCGAGCUUUCAAAGUACCUGCGAGAUCCCUUUCGAUCCUGCGAUCCGCCGGCAACGAACUCGGUACAGCGCGGACCGCGAAGAGACACCCCAGCUGUUUGUGUCACACGGAGAAUUUUGACGAUCGAAGAAAAACAAAGGGGUUUCGCCCACGGUUUCUUUAACACGGAUUCGACGAACAAGUCUCGGAAUAGUUUCUCGGUUUCGAACUCUGACCGUAUAUCGUAGGAGGAAACGGAGCGAAGAAGAAUUUUUAUCUUCGUUGAAUCGUUCCGAAGAAGAGCAAUCGGUGAAAAGUGCAGUGCUCUGGUAAACGAGUAAAGUGCAUAGGAAAUGGCGAUCGGUAAAUGCGUUUAAUUUACCGCGUAAUAACGAUUCCGCGUAUCGAAUAGAGAUACUUUUAUUGGCGUUCGCUUUCGGUGCGAUACGCGUUUAUCGAAUGUCGCGCUUAUAUCGGCCCUCGUAAAACGAUCGUUAAUGCUUUUACGAAUCGAUAACGAUCGUCACGGGUUCUCGUAAUAAUGACGUUGCCACGCUGUCUGCCGUCGGAUCGAUAAGAUCGGAAACGAUCUCUCGGCUGGUUCGAGAUCGCGAAUAGCUGGCGAACCGUAAUGUAUCAGCGGCGUUGCCCGGCCGUGUCCGACGCUCGGCGUCUCGGGCCCCGAUUUCUUUUCUUCGAACUCGUCGAAUGGAAAAUAGUAAUCUUACUAUAAUGCUGAUCGGAGAAAAGGUAGAAACGGGGGACGGUGCAAGACGGAGAGUUGCAUCGAGCGCGUUAUAACGCGGCGAGCCGUUUGCACGAUCGUUUCGACGCGCCUCCUUAAAUAACGAUCAUAGGCUCGUAACUAACCCGGUCCGCCGCUUGAAUGACGAAGAUAGGAGAAUAGCGAGUCGUCGGACAGAAGGAGAAAGAGGAAAGGAGGCGAUCAAGCGAACGAUAAUUGUCGCCUGGCCACUCACGCGAUCCAUACGCGCAUCAAGGUAUACGAUAGUUGACUCGUUCCUCGAGCUUCGGAUACCAAAUGGGUUUCUUGUUGUAAAAGGAAAGUACUCGUUCGUUGGAUGGUCGAGACGAAAACGGUGGAAACGCGGCGUUUAAUCGUGGAAAACGAGCGCGUUCCGUGGUCCUGGUUUAUCUGGUAUCGCCGGCUCAUUGUAUUCAUCGAACGGGGAAGAAUGGAAUCGGUGCUCGCGGUAUCGUUGGGAAUAAUCGGGGAUCGGUAAGCGAGCGUAAACCCGGGGUAAAAUCCGGUAAAACGAUAUCGAGCGAUCGAGGCGGCGAGCGAGUUUGCGGGCAUCGGCCAAAGACCCGUUACGUCGGAGGACGAGGUAAUUAAUUUAAGCCGCAAACGCCUCGGCACUAGGCCAAUGCAAACACCUUCUUUGCUCGCUUGCUCGCACGCACCAGCUUCGCUCGUGGCCGAAGCCCGCUUGGUUAUACACCGUCGCCUCGCGUCCGCGGCUUGUAUGCCAGUUGCCAGUUACACGACUCCCGGGAUCCACGAUCCUUUGACUGCUUUCUUUUCUUUCUCCUCGCUUCGUCUCAUCGUCGUCUUUUACUAUUUCCCUCCUUUCCAGCUAUUCAAGACGGCCAGAUUCGUUCCCUCGUAUCCAGGAUAUAACUGUAUAAACGCGGUGGUCGCGAUUUCGAGCCGACUAGCUCGACCGGUACGCGCGACCGUCCGAGAGGAAACUUUCCGUCUCCCGGCUCGAUAAACGGAAAGAAAGAAACGACGCGGGAGAAGAGCGAGCCGCGAUUUAACGAGCAGACCACGAUUCCGUAUCGUGGCGUUAAUUACCGGCCGACGUUCCAGCCGGGGCUUUCGAUUCGGAGCGACGCGACGGCCGCGGUCCGCGCUCCGUGAGAAGAUCGAGGAGGAAGAGGAAUCGGAGCCCGUUCGAACCCGCUAGCCUUUCUCAACAUCCCUUAUCGGGUAGCACCGUUUCUACGUCGUUCUCCACGCGGAAAACGUACGCGUCACGUGAGUUACAGAUCGGACGGAUUAAAAAACGUCGAGGAUCGGGCGGAGGUUGAGACGGAGAGAUAGGAAGGAAGAGAAAGAGAAGAGGUGGAUUUAACGAACCUACCGACGGGACGUAUCGCGGACGUUAAUUACCGGCAAGGGAUCCGACCAAAUGCGCGCUCGAUGGUUUGCAAAGAGGGGUUCGGCCCACGGUACGAUUCGGUUCGAAUCGGAUGGGAUCGGAUAGGAUCGGAUCGGUUCCCUCUCGCCUAUCUGCGAGGGACGUCCCUGCGAGGCCGACCUCGACGUCGCGGCAGAUGCAUUAAUUGAACCGGCUUAAAUUAUAGCCGCUCGCUAAUUGCGCUCUUCUCCGACCACGGAGCUGUCUGCUCGCGAGAGACGCACGCACCGUUUCCCUUGCCGAUUACGCGCGAUUAAUCCGCCACGCGAAACGGCCAACGAGAACCCGAUGACGGGGCGAGUCUUCGAUUUUUUCCAUUUGCCGAACUCGCAAGAAAGCGGCUACGUAUUUCCCUUGCCUUAACAUUCUACGAGAACGUGUCGCGUCGAUUGAAAAACGUAACGUAACGAGCAGAAGCACCGGAAGAGGAGGGCGCCGCGACGAUAAACCGCGUAUCGUUUCGGAGUAGCCGCGAUAUCGCGACAGCUCUUUCGUUGUCCGCUCCGUAAGCUUAGUCUUUUCGAAAGCGCACGCGAGACAUUCGUCCGGAUCCAACGACUCGGCACGCGCUUCGCGUGCUUAGCUCCGAUGUAUCGCGAUUACGUAAGUCGAUUAACGGUAAAAUCGGUCGUAGCCGUGGCAGAACGAUCGAAGAUCGGUAAAAAUCGACACGCGAUUCGCGAUUCCAAAUGACUCGGUACUUUUUCCACGCGCAGGGAAGAACAUCGUGACGAGGCGUAUCUUUCGAAUGAAAAAAUAAAGAAACGAGGAGGAUAAAAUCGCGAUCUAGCCGGGACAAUAAUCGUAAUGUGCAAACGAGCCCCGGUAGUGGCGAUUCCGGUUCGUUUCACGAAUAAACUCCGCAAAUUCCCCUUAUCGUUAAUUAGAGGAUAAUGGUUAAGGCGCCGUUUCGCCGGAUCUUUUUACGCGCACGGUACCGAGGCGAGCCGAGGCGACGAUUUAUUCGACCGGAUCGUGGGUACAUCGGGAUCGAUACACAUGCGCGUACUUUACGUAGGUAGGGGAAUCCGGUGCACGGUCCGGUUUCGAUCUAGACUCGCGUUCGAAUUAAACGCGUCGACGGGAAACACCCGGCGUAAAUACACGAGGCCCGCGACGUAUCGCGAUAUCGAAGAAGUUACAGUACGCGAGUUUUCCCUCCUCUUCGUCUUCCCUUCUGUUCCGUCCGCUGCGAACAAAGCGCGUCUCCGAAAGCGCGAAUCGUCCAUUAUCCAGCGUCGUUACACUCUUAAUCCCGCUAGUAUCUUAAUUAUCGAAUUUAUUAACUGGCGAUUCGAUCCUCGAAACGAUAAUCCUGAGAAAAGUAGCUCGGUUUCGCGGUCACGCACGAACGAACGAGUCUCCCGAUCAUGGUACGGAGCAGCGUUCGGAAAGUUAAUUAGAAAACAAACAGAAAAUUAACGCGAACCCGGCAGCGAAUCUUUCCAGCCGGCCGUUAUUCACGAUUUAUCGUAACUCGUUCGAGUCCGGUCGGUGACCGGUUUAUAAGCGAGAGAUCGGCGAACGAUGCGCGGUCGCUUGCUCGCGCGGUCUGAUCGACGAUCGAAAAUCUUUGAUACGCUCGCGAAUCCGUUCUGGGUGUUGUCGGUUGGGAUCGUCGAGCAGGAAGCCGACGCGGCGGUUCUUUUCUCGCGAGAGCGAAACCAGUUUGCUUACAGCGAAUAAAAAUCUUGAAUUAUCGCGUAAUCGCGAAUACGUUUAACCCGUUAACGCAUCGACGUUAAUCGAUCAUUUUCUUUUGCUCUACGUCUAUCUCCUUCUCCCGCGUUUCCUUCUGUUUCCUUUCCUCUCCGAUCGCGUACGCCGAACGCGAAGCGCAAAAACCGACUCGAGGGAUCUUUCGAGCUCGAAAAGAUCGGAGCUCGCGACCGGUUGGUCGGCGAAAAUCUUCUCGACCGUUAAUCUUGAUUUAUGAUAACCGCGACCGCGAUCUGCCCGGAGACUGAGCGGAUAAUUGGAUCGCGCUUGUACGUGCCCUGGCUACCGGUCUCGCCGGCCGUCUUCUCCGUUUCUCUACCCUAUGUUACCUUCUGCUCGCUAAUUCGGGCCACGCGAAUUUCGUUAAGCAUCGAACGCGAAGCGGGCGGGAUUACCUCCGUACCGUGUCACGCGAGAUUGUCACGCCCGGACGGACGUUCGCGUGGCUCGUCCAGCGGUCCUCGAGACGGGUCGCGACCACUGCACGAAACUUUCCGGAUACGUUUGAACGGUAGAACCGGUCCCGUGAUCGUACGCGCCGGUUGGAAUAAUCUACUCGCCGGUUAAUUGGCUCGCCGAUCGAUUCCUCUCGGUCGAUCCGCGAUCGACGCGGAGCAAAGUUCCUCCGGUUCUCGAAAAAUCAUCGAAACGAUCCUCUCUUCGGUGGCUCUUCGGAGAGGAAUAAAAUAAGAAGAAACAAAAAAAAGAAGGAAAAUCGAGUCGACGUCGGUCGCAAAGUUGUCGACGAGUUUCGUGAAGCGAGAAGUCUGACGCAGGUCGCGUAUAAGCGAGUGUUGGGCCGAACUGGCUCGGAUGGCUGGCUGACUGGCCGAGUGGCUGCCGUGCUGCCGGUCGGUCGAGAACGGCUGCUCCCGUGAAACGGUGUUGGUUCCACGUCGGUGUGCGUCCGAUCGUGGGAUCGGUCGUUAGUGUUGGUGCCGCCGAUCGAGCGCCUUCGAGGAUAUAGAGACAACGGCCUGCCGAUGCACACACACACCGGCCGUGCUUCUCAACCAACGUGCCGCGUUUCUUCGUUGCUUUUAGAUUCCACGAGGAUCGACCCACGCUCCGAUACACUCUGACCUUUCCUCCGUUCUCCGCGAGGUCGCGAAGGAGAAAAGAAUCACGGACACCGCGUCGCGCGUCCUCCGCUUAUCCUUCCAAGGAUUAGAAAGUCGAUUCCGGAGGAUGAGUUGGGAGUCGCGGCGAACCGCUUCGUCGCAGCCUCGUUCCCGAGGGAAACGGAUAGGAAAAGGAACCGCGGAGGAACACGAAAGUCGACGAGGCGCGCCGGGUUUUAUAUUAUAAUUAGCCGGAAUCCUCAGCUCGGAUAUGGCGAGGUAAAGCGAACCCGCGCGAUACCGUGGAAAUAAGCGGACCCGGGUUAAAUACGAGUCACCGAGAGAACCGGGUGAUUUCGUUGUCGGUGGAUGGAAGAGGAAAGAAGAAAGGAAGGGAAGGUGAACACGGAUGGUGGGUAGGGAUGAUGGCGUUGAAAGGCCAUAAACCGAGGACCCCCUGCUAUCGAUGGGCUACUCGCCGUUGAUGGGGGAACUAAUGACAGGACGGUUCGGCGUAAUGGACUGCUUAUAGUCGGUCGCUCGCUCGGUAAUAGAUUCGGGGAUGAAACGUGAAACCGCGAUGGUGGGUCUGCGUAAAAUGGCGCUCGAACCGAGGAUCUUUGGCGUGCGUAAAAUCGUAGCCAGACAAUUCUACCGACCAGUGGACGAAGAAGAAGAAGAGAUAUCGAGAAGGAGAUAAACGGGCGUAGGACGCGUCGCGGCUCGUACCUGGACGAUCUCGAAGCCAAAAGCGACGGCAGUCGGCUACGACCUUAUUGGAAAGUCGUGUUCCAGCGCUAAAACCGGAAGUCGAGAGAGAAGCUGACACAGUCCGAAGGAGAAACGAGCUCGCCGCCGGGCCUUUACCAUCACCUCGCUCGAACAACGAACCUAAAUUCUUUUCCAAUUCGUCGUCGCCCCUUUCGUUCCCUAGCCUUGUUUUCCCCACGAAUAUAAAGACGCUGCGUUUCUGAAUCUCGCGAAUCGUACGGCAGCUUCUCUUCGCUCCGUGUCUGAAACGCGCAUAAAUCUUCUUUAGACUCGCAUGAAUAGCGCCCGCUUAGCUUCCCGGUUCAAAGCCGGCUGAGGAAAAAUCUACGAGCGAGCUGAGACGACGCUCUGUAAUUCACGCGCGUUCGCAAUCGCGGCAAAGGAGAACCGUUCUCGUCCCUCGAGGUGAACCGCGUGUCGUCGACCGGAGAGGGUGGAAAAGCGGCGCUCCCCGGGUCGCGUCGCGACGGAUCGAUCGCGACGCCUCGAUAUCGUCGAAAAAAUAGAGCGAGAAAAAACACAGGUGGUCGUCGUGUCCCGUUCGCAGCCACGGCCGCUCGUUCUCGGCGAUUCGAAGUAGGCGUAAGUAGGCAAACCGGGUGUCGCGGAUCGCGCUCGUUUUUCAUUCGUUCCCUUUCCCGGUUUCUUUUUUCCUGUUUUUCUGUCGUAUCGCGCGAGGCCGAGAGUAAGCGAAAAAGAAUGCGCGCGUCGAAAGGUCGAGCCAGGUUUCGGGCCGGGACAUCGUUUCGCUAUCGGGCCUCGUUGUCUUUCGUAGGGAAAAAUUGAACGAACCCGAGUGGAAUCUACGAGAGGAGAAAAGGUAGUUUGCUCGCGUACGGAUAGGAGACGCGGGGCACGGUCGUCGGGUGUGAUACUUACGAUCUCGCCUCGUUAUUUCGUAUGCGCGAUCGUAGAGAUCUCGUUUGUACCGCGCAAAAACUCGAGCGUUAGCCGAGAGACCUCUUCGACCGGCGGCACCGUGGAAUCUCGUUGACCGGUUUAAAGGCUAAGCGUUUGUUAUACGCCCGGUAGAGCGUAACCUGGCGAACGAGCGACGCUCGCGCACCUGGUACCGCGGAAUAAUAUCGUAAUUGGGUAAUAAGAUGCGGUACGAGGACCUUGCUUACCGGUCGUUUGCCACGUCGCCGCUGCCACCGAUAUCCGACGCACCUACGCGCCUCGUUUUCGACCACGGACUUGUAUUUUCCGGUGUCUCUCGAACGGUUCGACGGAAAGUGGCCGGAGGAAGAGAAGAGGGUCGGCGCGUUCGCGCUUUAAUCGUCUAGCUGCUGGCCGGAGUCGGUCGCCUUUGAGCUGCACCUUCUCUCGGUCGACAAGCGGAAACUAUUCGAGGAAUUUCCUACGGCCGCCCGGCCGGUCGCUUAUCACCGAAAACGCAAACGGCUGCGAACCGAAGAGCGAAUCGUUGUAUCAUCGGUGAUCAGUGAUCGGGAUUCGGUAGUUUCGCCCGGGACGAUUUUAUUACGCGACUCCAGCGGUGGAUACAUCGAGCUUAGAGGACACGGGUUUUCAUCGACGAAGGUUCACCCGUUUACGGUCUCGUCCCGGAUCCGUCUAUCCGCUUGCUCCUGCUCGCCGCCGUGUUCCUUCGAAAUUUAUCGCUACACACGGGAUACACUCUUGUCGAACGUCGAAAACGUGGAAGUUUCGAAGAAAUUUCGCGAAUCGAUCGGAAUUUCCACGUGGCAACCGAGCAUCCGAAGUGGCAGAAAUUCUUGCAGCGCAGAUGCCGCGGUGUUAGCUCACGGGGAGGAUGUUCCACGGGGGCGGAAGCGGUGGUUACGGCGCGAGUUCCGACUACCAGCAGCAGUCCCAGCAACAGCAACAGCAACACGGCCAACAGCUCCAGGCACCCGUCUACGUUCCUUCAUCCAGGCCGACCAUCCCUUCGGCAGCGACGGCGGCGGCGGCUGCGGCGGCCGCGCAAUAUCAUCCGUUUCCCACUUCCGGUUCGCCCGCUUGGGAGAAGACCGCAGCUUCGUGGCAGCAUGGAGUGGACACGUACGCGGCGCAUCACGCGUUGGCGGGCCAUGCGAGCGGUUCCGCGGCCGCGGCCGCGGCUGCCGCCGCAGCGAUGGGCCCGCAUUCCGGCCACGGUCAUCCGCACGCGGCCCACCCGCACACCGGACAUCCUCAUACGAGCCUCGCCGCGGCCGCCCCGUUUUACGCCCAAAACGUCGCCAUGAUGUCCUCCUGGCGCGCCUACGACGGAGCUGGAUUUCAACGAGCCUCGCCCUACGAUACCGCGAUGGACUUUCAAUUCGGCGAGGGUCGCGAAUGCGUGAACUGCGGCGCUAUAUCGACGCCGCUCUGGAGGAGAGACGGCACCGGGCAUUAUCUCUGCAACGCGUGCGGACUCUAUCACAAGAUGAACGGAAUGAACAGACCGUUGAUCAAGCCCUCGAAACGGCUGACAGCGACCAGACGGUUGGGACUAUGCUGCACCAACUGCGGCACCCGUACCACCACCCUCUGGAGGCGGAACAACGAGGGUGAACCGGUGUGCAACGCUUGCGGUCUCUACUUCAAGCUCCACGGUGUGAACAGACCUUUGGCGAUGCGAAAAGACGGCAUUCAGACGCGGAAACGGAAGCCGAAGAAAACGCCGGAACCGAACGCGAGACCGUCAACCGGCGACCACGAGACCGCCACCGUUUCCACCGCAUCGUCUCCGUCCACCGAAAUGAAGAACAAUCAACAGCAAUCGCAACAGCAACAGCAGCAACAACAGCAUCAUCAUCAAAUCGAAACGUCCAAGUCGUCCGGCGUCGGGGCAUCGUCGAGUUCGAACGAGAGGCCGGUGUACCUAGGGCACACGUCCCUCUUGGCCACCGGAAGCGUGGCCACCGUGAAAACGGAACCUCGUAGCUGCGACGGGAUCGUCGGGCAACCGUACUCCUCGUACUAUCAGCAUCCUCACCAACUCGGGGUCACGACUAGCGAGCACCAACAGCAAACCUAUUACGCUAGUCAAGAAGCGCCUUAUCAUCAUCAACACCACGUCACCGCGGCUGCCAAGUUGCUCGCUUCCUCUUAA